AUGCUUCGUUCCGUGAGUUACGGUACUCUACGCCAAACAGUGCGACGUUUUCGAGGAAACUUUCUGAGGCGUUGCUCUAGUGCGCCUGAGUCCAAACCGGGACGUCCCUCGGAGCCAACGCAUACGACAACAGGCAGUUCGUGGCGCCAGGGUCCGGUAACCUGGCGCUCGUUGGCCAUUACGACGGGUGUGGGUGCCGGCAUCGGGUUCCUUUACUGGCAACAGAAAGAGCGAAAAGCGAAGGAACUGGAGCGGAGUGUUACUGCUCAGGUUAGUAGUGGGAAGCCAGCCAUCGGCGGGCCCUUCCAGCUGGUCGACGCUCGCACUCGACAGACGGUAACGGACGCUGACUUUCGGGGCCGUCUACCACUGUUCUAUUUCGGGUUCACGCACUGUCCUGACGUGUGUCCGGAUGAGUUGACAAAAAUCAGUAAAGCGCUCGCGCUGUUGGAUCAGCGUCUCGGACACGACCGUGUUUCGGCGACAAUAGCACCGGUGUUCAUCUCAGUGGACCCCGAACGAGACACACCUGACGUUGUGAACGAAUUUCUUCGUAACGAGGAGUUUGAUGAGCGCUUCGUCGGCCUGACCGGGAGCGUUGAGCAGUGCGCCGCAGCAGCCCGGGCGUUUCACGUCUAUUACAUGAAGACCGACGAAAGCGAGGAGGAUUACCUCGUGGACCAUAGCAUCAUAACGUACCUAAUGGGUCCCGAUGGUGACUUGCUCGACUAUUUCGGGAAGAAUAUCAGUGCAGAGGAAAUGGCGCAGCGAAUCGAAGGCCAUUGGAAGCGAAUGCGUCUGAGCCUGGCCUAG